CCCCCCCUCAACCUGUGCAUGCAUGCACGUGUGGAUGCAGCUGUGACAGAUGUGUGAGAGGAAGCAGGUCUAUUGGGGCCAGAGUCGGACAUGAGUCGAGGUAGUCGGGGGUUACUUUGAUGAGAUGUAAUGAUGGCAUGAUGCCAGUUGUGUGAAACGGUCCAGGUUGCUGGAAGAACAGCUGCUGGCAUCCUUGUCUCUCUCUCGCUGGAGCCCCAGGGAGGAGGAGGAGGAGGAGUGGAGGGGAUGAAGGGGAGCGAGUGGGCGGGAGAUAGCCUAAAGGGGGGAUGCUCUGCGGGGGAGCAGGAUGCCCACUUCUGAGGAAGAAUAACUGGAGACAUACAUCGCCUGUACAAAAAAAACACCUCAAGGGGGAAACACAGAUGGAAGCAUGCAGCACUGUAUUCUCCAGCGAUCUGGUGAUCAUUAGUCCCUCAAUGAUGUGCACGGUGUGGUCACAUGAUGUGAUUGGUUAUCUGCAUUUUCUUAAUCAUGUCUGUGAGGAGGACGGUGUUGUCUUGAUUUAUUGAAUUGUGCCCGUGUUGCACUAAAUGAAAAAGGUAAAAAAAAAAAAGGAAGAGGCGGCUUGAUCCAUAAACUGAACUACUUUCACAUCUCUCUCUCUCUCUCCUCUCUUUCACUUGCGCACAGUGUAGUAGCCCUAAAAACUUGAAGCAAAGGAUCCUGGGAAUGACAUAAUGCCCUCUGGGAAAGUGGAACAUAACAGAAAAGCAGAAAAUUUGAGCAAGAGACAAUUAAAAAAAAGCAGUGAAAGCUGGAUGCGUGUGCUAAGCUGACCCUAUACCUGAGAGUGUAGCAAUAGAGAGAACGUUAAAAUCUCAACAUAAAGGAAGCACACCCAUGAGAAGAAGGUUGGUGUAAUACAAAAACAGCACACAUCACCCUAGGAAUAUUAAUAUUUUGGGUAAAUAAUGUACAAAAUAAGAGCAAGAUCUUUAUUUUUCUGGUACGGGAGGGAACAAAGAAACAAGAGAGUUAGAACCAGUGCCAGUCAGAAAACUUCAUGACAUUCAGAUAAAAGGAAGAGCAUGUCAUUUUCUUUCACACCCGGAGUGAAAGUGUAGCGAUGAAGUGAGUUUCUCAAGCCUCUCUGACUCUCACAGCUUUUUCCCAAGCCCAGGGCUGAGGCCCCCGACGGGCCAAUCCACUAUCUGACAGAGAGAGAAAGGGAAAGAAAAAGGAAAACAAGGUCUCGGCGGAAGACAGAGAGGGAGAGAAAAGGCAGGCGAUAUUAGUAAUCUUUACCCAGUGCAGCAUCAGCCCUAAUUAUAAAAAGGUCUUUUUGUUCAGGCUGCAGAGGAACGAGCAUGUUGAACACCUCAUAGGGUAUCUCUUGUGUUAAUGAUUGUGGCGUGACAGCCUCCCACAAGUCUGACGGACACGUACGAGAGACAACGAGCUCAUGUGAGCAUGGAAAGAAAAGGGAGGAGGAGGAGGAGAAAGAAAGAACAACUGCUUUUUAUGUAGGUUGUAGUGGUGGCAAUGUUCCUGUAGAUUUAUAUACUGUAGUUUACUUUUGGUGCAGUAAAUAUGCAGUAGAUAAACUUUUAUUAUGGCUUGACAGCUCACAGUGAAAACCGGGACCCUAAAAACAGCAGAAAUGUCUCUAAAUUUAUCCCCCCGCCGAUAUGAUAGCCUGUCAGUCAACAUAAGCGACACCGCUAAAUCAUAAUUUUGGCACCAUCGGCAGCAUCAUAUUUUUAUCCGAGACAAUGACUGAAGCUGAAGGACAAGAAAUGAAAACAGGACAGUAGAAAUGGAUAGAAGAUGUGCUUAUUUCUCAGCACCGCACCCUGAACAAUAAACACAAUAUAAUUUAUACUCCUUUAUUAUGUUUCGGCUCAUGUCAAUGAUGAUCGUGGCGUGACAGAAGUCCACAAGUCUGAGGGACACGAGACUCCGUCUGAACGCGAAGAGAAAAGGGAGGAGGAGGAAAGUAAAGCUGAAAGGACAGGUAUCUUGUUGUAGUCAUGUAGUGUUGGCAAUCUCUCAAAAUUGACCUUAUAUAUUUUUGCUCGUUAUGUUAUGUAAUGAUGAUUGUGGCGUUUCAGUCUCGCACAUUUCUGAGGGACACGUACAAGGCACACACAGCCACGAAACAGCAACCUCGUCUGGGCAGGUGGAGGUGGUGGAGGAGCCUAAAGUCUCUCACAAGUCUGAGGGAACCUCACCUGAGCAUGGGGUGAAAAGGGUGGAGGUGGUGGAGGAGAAAGAAACUAAAGCUGAGCACACAGACUCCCACAAGUCUGAGGUACAUGAACCUCAUGGCCAGAAAACAACCUCACCUGAGCACGGGGAGGAGAGAAAAGCUGAAAGUAAAGUCACCCACAUGUCUGAGGGGCACGUCCACAAAGCAACAACCUUGUCUGGGCACGAGGAGAAAAAGCAGGAGGAGCUCACAGUCUCCCAAAGGUCUGAGGGACACACACCUGAGACUCACGGCCACCAAACUGCAUCUGGACACGAGGAGAAAAAGCAGAAGGAAGAGCUUAAAGUUUCCCACACAUCUGAGGGCCACAAAACUACAACCUCAUCUGUGCACAAGGAGAAAAAGGUGGAGGAGGAGCAUAAAGUUUCCCACACAUCUGAAGGACACAAAGUAACCUCAUCUGUGCACGGGGAGAAAAAGGAGGAAGAGGAGCGUAAAGUCUCCCAUAAGUCUGAGAGACACGGACACGAGACUGAUGCUCCCAAAACACCAACCUCAUCAGGGCAGGAGGAGAAAAAGGAGGAGCAGAAAGUCCCCCACGUGUUGGAGGGACACGGACAUGAGACUCAUGGUCACAAAACAACAACAACAACAACAACAUCAUCAUCUGGGCACGGGGAGGAAAGAAAGGCUGAAAGCAAAGUCUCCCAUCAUUUUGAGGGACACGUACACGAGAAUCACGGCCACAAAACAACAACAUCAUCUGGGCACGGGGAGAAAAGGGAGGAGGAGAAAGCAAGAAAACCUGAGAGGGAAGUCUCCCACAAGUCUGAGGGACACGAACACGCAACUCAUGGCCACAAAGUAACCUCAUCGGAGCACGGGGAGAAAAAGGAGGAGGAGGAGAAAGAAAGAAAAACAGUCGCACGCAAGUCAGAGGGACACGUACAUGAGUCACAUGGCCACGAGCCACUUGGCCACAAAACAACAACCUCAGCUGGUCAUGGGGAGGAAAGGCAGCAGCAGGAACAUAAAGUCCCCCAACAGUCUGUGGGACACAGACAUGAGACUCACGGACAUCAGCCACAUGGCCACGAAACUCAUGGCCACAAAACGCCAACCUCACCUGAGCACAGGGAGGAAAAGCAGGAGCAUAAAGUCUCCCACCAGCCUGUCGGACAUGGCCACGAAACUCAUGGCCACAAAAUAACAGCCCCAACUGAGCGCAGGGAGGAGAAGCAGGAGCAUAAAGCCCCCCACAAGUCUGUCGGGCAUGUGCUUGAAACUCAUGGUCAUGACAGUCACGGCCACAAAACACCCUCCUCUGGCCAUGGGGAGGAAAGACAGGAGCAUAAAGUCCCCCAAAAGUCUGUUGGACAUGGACAUGAGACUCAUGGGCCCAAAACAAUCUCAUCUGGGCAUGGGGAGAAAAGGCAGGAGGAGCAUAAAGUCUCCCACAAGCCUGAGGGACAUGGACACGAGACUCACGGCCACAAAACAGCCACGACCUCACACGAGGAGCAGAAAGAAAGAAAAGUUUCCCAUAUUUCCGAGGGACACGGACACGAGACUCACGGCCACAAAGUUUCACCCGGACACGGGCAGGAGGAAAGAAAAGCUGAAAAGAAAGGUAUCCUGUUUAUCUGUAGUCGUCGCAAUCCUUUUUUAAAAAUGGAUAUUUUCACUAAUGUUGGUGACGACUGUGGCGUGUCAGUUUCCGAGGGACACGGACAUGUGACUCACGGCCACCAAACAAGUUCGUCUGCACACGGGCACAAAAGUGUGGAGGAGCAAAAAGUCUCCCACAAGUCUGAGGGACAUGGACAUGACACGCAUGGCCACAAACCAACCGCCUCAUCUGGGCACGGGGAGCAUAAAGAAAGCAAAGUUCACCAAGUCUUUGAAAAACCCGAGUGGGAAAGAGGGAGGCAUGAAACCUCCAAACACACUCAUGGGAAAGAGGAUGACGACAAAGAAGAGAGAGCAAGGGCCAAAAAGAAAGACUGUGAGUGCUACGGCCACUCCAACCGCUGCAGCUACAUCGAAUACCUGCAAAUCGUCACAUGCGUCAGCUGCAAGCACAACACCAGGGGCCAGAACUGCCAACACUGCAGACUGGGAUACUUCCGCAACGCCUCUGCCGAACUGGAUGAUGAGAGCGUCUGCAUCGAGUGCAACUGCAACCAGAUGGGUUCUGUUCAUGACCGGUGUAACGGCACAGGCUUCUGCCAGUGUAAAGAUGGUGCCACGGGGGCAAAGUGCGACGACUGUCUGCCGGGAUACUACUGGAAACAAGGCUGUUACUCCAACGUUUGCGACGAAGAGAUGCUCCUGUGCCAGAACGGAGGAACAUGUAACCAGAACCAGAAGUGCAUCUGUCCUCCGGAGUUUAAGGGGGUACUGUGCCAACACUCCCGCUGCGAGGCGGGCAAAGACUGCAACGCCGCCUCUUCCCUGCACCUCUCCACGGCCACCCUGCUGCUCUGCACUCUGCUAGCCCACCUGCUGGCCACGUUAACUCCCCACUGAGCCAUGAAAAAACUCCCUCGGACCAAGGAGCGUGUGUGUGUGUGUGUGUGUACACAAGGCGAAAGUGGGGGAACCAGAGUGGGUCGGGCCGCCCCGGUCAUGGAACUGAUUAAAAAACACACUUACACCGCAGCACUCGCAAAAGCGCGCACAAACUCACGCUAAACACUAACUUAACCCCCAGUCUCCUUUCAAACACACACACACACACACACACACACACCGGACUGUUAUGAUACUGAGUGUAUGCUCAGGUGUGAGGAGGACAAACGGAGAGGGGGAAAAAAAAAAGGGAAGUAACCUCAGAGAAAAGAGAAGAAGAUGAAGAAGACGGGGAAAACUAAUCAUACCAACCACUGUUCCCUUUAUUCCUGAGCUGGAGCAAUGUGCAUCAAACCAAAAAGCAUAAACACUUAAAAAUCACCACUGUUUCACUUCAAAAGGGAAUGGCUGUUGUAACCACAAGGACCUUUUUUCUUUUUUGGGGGGGAGAGGGGGUUGGUUUCUUUCUCGGUUGAGUUUUAAAGGAUCUCGCCUCCGUUCGACCGACAGCCGACGUGUAUGCGGUCGGACUCAGUGAGCGCACGAGGCGUGUGGACACGACGGACGGGUCGGCGGAGGCGGGGGGCGCGCGUUUGAUCCUGCUGCUGAGGCCUACAUAGUAUAUUAACCAGGUUUCAUUUCUUCUCAAAAAAAAGAUGAGACUUGAUUUGACGUUUGUUCUAUUUCUGCUGCAUUUUUCUUUCCUUUUUUUUUUUGAUUAUAUCUUGAGUCAUUGUAUCUAAUGUGCCCACUAAACAUUCGCUGAGAUUAUACAUAUUAUAUAAUAUCCAGGGGGCGGCGGGGGGGGGUUACAAAUUAUUUAAAAAAGAAAAAGAAAAAAAAAGAAAUAGUCACUAUUAUGGUUGUUAUAGGAAUGAGUGAUCGUUGCCACACUUAGCGAGAUUUAAUCUUCACACAGUAUUCAGGACGCAGAAUUUAAAUCUAAAAAAAAAAAAAGAGAGAGAAAAGAUAUCAACCACGUAUCAAUAUUAUAUGACAUUAUUUGAAUAUUUUUUGUAGAAAUUAUUUUUGUUUGGAGUUACAAUAAAUUAUAAAAAAUUACAUUUACAAACUAUUCCAAAUGAGCAUUUUAUUACACUGAGUGUAAACCUUGCAGUAAAUAUGACUGUUAUUUGCC